AUGUUUCGAGUCGAUAAGAAAUUUUUUGUGUUCCUAAUAAUUUGUAAUUUAACACUCGCACAUGAGAACGAGGAAUUUGAAUAUGAUGAAAUUGAAGAAGAACCGUCAUCAAAUCGACCGAAUAUCAUAUUCAUUCUAGCUGAUGAUUUAGGAUUUAAUGAUGUUAGCUUUCAUGGAAGUUCACAGAUUUUUACACCAAAUAUUGAUGCGCUAGCAUUCUCGGGUGUUAUAUUGAAUCGAUAUUAUGUAAAUCCCAUUUGUACGCCAUCAAGAUCGGCCUUAAUGACCGGAAAAUAUCCAAUACACACGGGCAUGCAACAUACAGUUUUAUUUGGCGCAGAGCCUCGUGGAUUACCAUUAAAUGAAAAGCUCUUACCAGAAUAUUUGAAGCCUCUCGGAUAUUCGAAUCACAUUGUGGGGAAGUGGCAUCUCGGAAGUUAUAAAAAAGUUUACUUGCCAUUAAUGCGUGGGUUUGAAUCUCACGUGGGCUGUUGGACAGGGCAUCAUGAUUAUUUCGACCAUACAGCAGAGGAGACUGGAAUGUGGGGAUUAGAUAUAAGACGUGGAUAUGAUGUCGCUUAUGACUUGCAUGGAAAAUAUACAACAGACGUGAUUACAGAUGAGUCUGUGAAAAUUAUCAACAGUCAUAAUGCGAGUCAACCUUUGUUCCUUUAUAUUGCCCACACAGCUGUUCAUUCAUCGAAUCCAUACAGUCCAUUGCCGGCGCCAGAUGAUACAGUCGCGAAAAUUAAAAAUAUUGAAGAUUAUAAACGAAGGAAAUUUGCCGCAAUUGUACAUCAUUUAGAUGAAUCUGUUGGUGCUGUUGUAAAGUCAUUGGCUGAUAAAAAUAUGCUGCAUAAUUCAAUCAUUAUUUUCUCGUCUGAUAAUGGAGGUCCAGCAGAAAAUUUUAAUCUAAAUGCUGCCUCUAAUUAUCCAUUACGUGGUGUUAAAAAUACAUUAUGGGAAGGUGGAGUUCGAGCAGCUGGAUUUAUUUGGUCUCCUUUAAUCUCACAACAUUCAAGAGUGUCAAAUCAAUUAAUUCAAGUUGCUGACUGGCUGCCAACAUUAUAUAGUGCUGCCGGUGGAGAUUUAUCAACGAUUACAACAAAACUUGAUGGCAUUGACCUCUGGGAUGAACUCAGUCAACAAACAACAGCUGAUUCAAAAAGAAAAGAAGUGCUUCAUAAUAUUGAUAAUAUUUGGGGAAGUUCUGCUGUGAUGGUGAAUGAAUGGAAAUUGAUUGUAGGCACAAAUUAUAAUGGUCAAUGGGAUUCAUGGUAUGGACCUGCUGGAAAUAGAGAUCCAUUAUCAUAUCCUGUUAAAGAUUUGUUGACUUGUAAAGCGGGACGAGCACUCGAGCGAAUAAGCAUGAUGCCAAAGCCUGACGACAUCUUAAAAUUACGCAGUGAAGCUACAAUUUCAUGCACCAAUGAUCCACCCAAAGAAUGUAAUCCACUCAAGACUCCAUGCCUAUAUAAUGUAGUAAAAGAUCCUUGUGAGAAAAAUAAUCUCUUUGAAGUAUAUCCGAAUAUCGCAAAGGCAUUGCUGGUGAGAUUGCAAGAUUUUAAUGCGUCAGCUUUGCCACCAGGUAAUCUAGCUAUUGAUGAGAGAGGAAAUCCAAAGCACUUUAGUUAUGUAUGGACAAACUUUGGAGAUUACAUAUGA